UAUUAUUAAAUAUUGCUAAUUAAUAAAAUGAAAUAUUUCAUCGCGACUAAUAAUACAACCGUUUUUAUUUUCUAAUUCAUGCCAUAGACAUUAUUAAACAUAGACAUCAACCGUGAAAAGUGUCUAUGAUAUUUUUUAUUAAUGUUCUUGUAUCCUUUUCCGGUUCUUUAGGAAUUAGCGCGAAAGUAAAAAACGAUAUUCGCAAUAUUUUGUUGACUUGCAGAAGAAAGUUAGUAAAUAUGGAUGAAAAGCUGAGUAAUAUUCAAGAUAUAGACGUCAACAGCCCGGAGUUUUAUGAUAAAGUUCAAGCAGAAAUAGAAUUCGACACUGCUCGAAUGAAGAAAAAUGUUGAAGUUCUUAUGAAUUUACGCUUGGAAGCUGCAGAAAUAGAGGUAGAAACAGCAGCGUUAUUCCACGCCGAGAUUUGGUACGAUAUGCUGGAUAAACCCGAAGAUGACAAUGAUGAUGAUGAUCUCUCGGAUGGUGGUGAUGAUGAAUCUGGUGAAGAUCAAGAUAUGGAAGAAGAUGCAUCUACCACACCAAUUGAAGAAAAGAAAUAAUUCUUUUUUUAAUUGGUUUUUUGUUUUUCUUUGUUAGCAUUAAAUAAAAAUAAUAAAAUACCAAGCUUAGGUACCUAGUAAAUAUUUAAUCGUGCAGAAGUGCAGAUAAGUCGUACUUAGUUAGAAUAGUUAGUAUGGCCAAGGUAUACCUAAUUAUAUUUUGUAGUUGCCUAAAUGUUAUAAAUAUGCUCAAUUUCA